UGGGAAACUGGAGAAGGAGAGGAGGGAGAAGAGCCGGCAGCUGGGCCUGAUCAAGACCGAGGGAUACAACGUGACGGAGGACAUGGAGCGAGAGAGGAGGACCUUCCAGCUGCAGAUGUGUGAGGUGGGGGCAAGGAGCUGAGACUAGACAGGAAACGCACACACGCGCUCCCCCCCCCCCCCCCCCCCCCUUGCUUGAGUGCCUGUACAUUUUUUGUAGGCCUAUUUUGACAAUGAAAAAGCUUUGCUAUACAUUUAAUUAGAUUGUUCUUGUGACACUGUUACCUACAAGGAUAUACCAUGGCUUUUGAAAUACUUUAUUUAAUAGAACGACACACUUUUGAAUGUACUUUUUAUUACAGUGUGUUGAGCUACUGCUGCGCAUUUAGCCCUCUAAUCUGUCUGCCCUGACAUCGAUAUGCUAUUUCCUCCACUUCAAAUAGCAAUUACAGGUGCGCACUAACAGACUUUGACGAUACCUGACACAGACCAAUGCAAAAUACUCACCAGAAAACCUUUUUGUAUCAGAAUCAGUUCUAUCAUGGUGAAAAUCAGACUUUUGAUUUGAUUAGGAUCCUAGAUCUGUGCAUAAGGACAACUUCUCCCCUGAACAGCACAGAUUGGAUCAUGGUGGGGGGGAGCAGACCCAGACUAUGUAAAAUGUGGAGCACAGAUUGGAAUCGGUAUCACGCUAACACUAUUGCACUGACUCCAAAGCUAAGCUCAGUUAAGGUUGUAGCCCACAGUUACACUUUACGAGCGUAGGGGAAUUUGUUAUUUAGUUUCACUCUCUCUGUGAGGUCAGCUGCUGAGAUGGAUAGAAGAGGGGAAUUUUUCCCCUUCCUCCAAGGCUCUCGCCUGGGUCGUAUUCAUCAGGGCACGCAACAGAAAACGUUUAAAACAUUUAUCAGAAAGCAAAAAUCUUUCUUAUUGGAUAAUUCGAGGUUGUACAUCGCUGUUUUAUCGUUUUUUUCUUGUUUGUUGCCUAAUGAACAUGACCGAGCACAGCCGCAGACAGAUGGCUUUAAACAAGGCUUUAUGGAGCAGAGACGAAGCAGACUGCAGUCAUUCCUUCCAGAAGCAGCAGCGAGCUCCUACAGCUGGCUCCCAAGGCUUUUUCCUACCUUUUUUAAAGCAACAUUAAGACUUCAAACAUGGAUCAGGGAAAAAACACACCCUGAAUUUGUUCUGUGUUAUUUCAUGUUUGGGCUAAGUCCUGAGAACCAUAUGGUCUUCGACAGAAGAAAGACUUGUUUAUAUUAAGGGCCAGCAUUUUUCCUGACCAUGAUGUGACAAUGAAGGCCAGGACGUUUUCCUAGUCAAGUCACAAUGGUCAGGAAAAACUCCACACCCUAUUCAAAUAUACAGUACAUUUCUCUAAACCAGGGUUAAUGAGUGACUGGUUGAAUCAGUAAAAUGAUGCACAACUUAAUUGUGGUCUAUAACCAGUGUGACCGUUUCGGAACCUAAGCAACCUUAACCUAAACCUAAGCUCUGUAACCAUGGUUACUAAUCCUACAUCCUCUGGUUUGUCCAGUACUUGCUAAAGAUCCAGGAACUGAAGGUACGCCAGGGUCCAGACCUGCUCCAGAGUCUCAUCAAGUACUUCCAGGCCCAGCUCAAGUAAGUUCUCCUUCUAUGCUGCAUUCAUGCCCUUUUCAAGUUAUUGAGCCAAACCGAGCCAAGCUGUACUGGUCUGGCCAGGUUACACAUCCACUAUUACCCUUUUCACACUACUGAGCCCAACCAAACCAAGCUGCGCUGGACUGGACUGCAUUGGCCUGGUUAUAGUCCAUUAUAUAGUUAGUGGAACUGUGCUUGAGGAUAAUGUGUAAAGAAAAUAUCAGAGCUGGUUCGGUUUGGCAUGAAAGAACAAAGGGACUUAUGGUAAAGCAUAUGGCUUUCAUAUGCAACCUACUGUUGAGUUUCCCAGCUACAACACAGAGUAGCACCACCACAAAGGGUUUACCUCAGGAAUGUUACUGUGGCUUCUGGUGUAAAAUGUUGUGGCUGUUCAGUUUUGUCUUCCUUUUACUAGCUAUUGCCACGGUACUUAACUAUUUGUUGCAUAUGUAGUGUUUGUUCUACUUGGUAUGCUAGGAGCUCUUAUAACCUGUGUGCAUGCCUGUGCGUGAGUUUUUGGGGUCAUGUACCUGAGUGUUAAGGCCGACAUCCACCAAUGACUCAGCGUUGUUGUCUUGUCUCAGUUUCUUCCAGGACGGCCUGAAAGCUGCAGAGAACCUUUGUCCCUUUGUGGAGAAGCUGGCUGCGUCUGUCCACACGGUAAUAACUAUUUUUAUGUUUUGUCUACCUGUUUGUCAGUCAGUUUCGCCUUCCCGUACGAGAGGAUUUAAGUGAAAUGUUACUACCUUUGUCUGUCUAUCUGUUUGUCAAUCAGUCUCUCCAUCCACAUGAGAGGAUUUAACUGGAAUGUCCACAAGCCUAUCGAGGCCCCAGUCAUAAAGAAAUAACUACGGGCACAUUUCCCAGUAUGUUGACUUGAAUGGGAAAUCCCCUUCUAGUAAUUCUAUUUCUAUGCAUUUCCCUCACCUUUGUUUUGAGUGUGCUAUCUUAUCUAGAACGUAAGUCAGUCACCACAGAUUUACUGUCUGGGUCAAAGGUCAGAUUCCAUUCCAACUGCUGACCUUCUUUCUGAAGCUAAGUUUAGUAAAUAGUGUUGUGGAACUAUGAUACGAACCAUGUCUUCUCUACCAUGUGACUACCAUAGAAAUAUAAUCUAGAUUAUAUUUCUAUGGUGACUACCGUUAUACUACUGCUUGUACAGGUGGUUGUGUUGGCAGUUAAGCUGUCUGAAGAUUGUGAAAUAUUUUAAACUUAGUCAUAGCCAUGUAACUGUGUAAAUCUGAAACGAGAGACCCUUGUCUGUUUAGAAUAGGGUUAGUGAAAGGUUAGGUUUUAGGGCUUCUCUCAGUGUGUGUCUAGCCGGCUGUCUGACGGUCAUGCACGCUCACGAAAGCACACACACUAACAACCCCCCACAGAUUUCCAACUGCCUAUGGAAGCCCAGUACAGACACAAUAACAGAUAACACAUCACUAGCAGACAACUGUAAACCUCAUAGACCGACAACAGUUGUUAGCUACAGUCAAAUUCCUCUUUAACAACCAACCCUCUUAACCCUCAACAACCUAUCUCCUCCCAGACUUUGCCAACCCACAGGCUGCUAUUUGAUGCAAUUCCCAAUUUCAGUGGAAGCACACUCCCCUUCCACUAUAACCGCCUAGACAGGUUUCCAAACCCUUUACCCCCUCCCCCAACAGCCAAACUAGACAAUCACAAGGUAACAGAGAAUGGUUGCCAAUGUGGAAAUGAUAGUCUUUGUUUUAUAAACCUAGCUGAAUCUGUACGGUGGUGGCUAUAAUGGGACGGCCUGGUAGACCUAAUGACCUAGAUUUGCUUAUCUAAGCUAAGGUCAACUCUCUCGCAUGUGUGUUGGCUGUCUCUGUCUGUCUCUCUCUGUCUCCCUCUUUCUUUCUCUGCCAUAGGGUUGCAAAGCUACCGGUAAUUUACCAAAGUUACCAGAAUCCUCAAUUUUGGUAAUUAACAGAAAAUCUAUGGCAAUCUAUCGUAACUUUGGUAAUUUAUACUUGAAUAACUUUUUUUUUUAAAUGUAUUAAUAUAGAAUUCAUUUUUCAUAUCUGUGUCCAUAUUUCCCAUUCAUUUCUAGUAGAUAGACCAUAUGGUUCAAGAGAAAAUAGCCUAAUUAAUGAAAAAAGCAUCUAUUCAACAAUGGCAUUAUUUUCAAUUAAAGAUGCACUAUGCAGAAAUCGUUCCGCCAUUUCCUGGUUGCAAAAUUCUAAUAGUUUGCCUAAUUUCAGUUUGUGACAAAACAAGCAAGUCAUCAUUGUACCAUCUAAACUGCUUUGAAAAAUAUUUUCCAUAACCAAAAAUAUUGUAUUUUCAGCUGUUUAAAGCUGGUGUACAAAACUGAAAGUAAAAGACGCGAAAAUGAAACAGAAGAACGGGAAGCAUAGAAAUGGCGCACAUAGAACAGAUCUACCUCUUCUUAGACUUGCUUUCAAUGAGAAUGAAACACACACAUUUCUAUGUGAAUUUGGUCGGGUCGUCCAAAAAGUCACACAUUGCACCUUUAACUCUGCAACUCUUCCAACUAUUGGCUGCCACCAAUUUGACGCCAAAACGUUGACAACUAAUACAUAUUGACAUAGUAAAAUCAAUUAAAGUGUGUAAAUAUAAAGAAUAUUUCAUGCUGAAACCCUCAUAUUAAACACAAAUGAAACGCAAAUGGUAUUCACUAAGUUGAUGGUUUAUAUUUAGAAUGUUUUAAAGCUUUGUCAUUUUUAUUUAAAAAAUCGUCUUAUUUAAUUGUCAUAUAUUUUACACGUGAUAAACUCACACAAAGGGCCAGAGAUUAUUACAGACACCUGUGAUAAUCUGAAGUACUCAAAAGGGCCACUAGAUGUUUUGUGAUAGAUUACAUAAAACCCUACUCUGGCAUCAGGCACGGUAUUAGUAAAGGACACUUGACUUUAAUGAGCGUGUCGGUGGUUCUUCUUGUUCUGCUUGGUCCAAAAGGGGGCAAGCUCAGGCUCUUUAUUUCUCAUGUUCAAGGAAGUAUUAGGAAAAGAUACUGGUUUGGCCUUUUUCAUGAUUCAUUAAUGCGACAGGGCAGAUAGGGGUGGUACUAGGCUAGCCUGGUGGUUUGUGGGGUCUAGGAGUUGGCAAGACAGCACAAACAGAUCUGGGAUCAGACUAAGAUGGGGGCCCCAGAACCAGAGAGCGUUGUAGUGUUCUAGCUCUGCACGUUAUGCAAAACUUGGUUUUACAGAGGCCAUAUCAACAAAGCAUCCCAUCCCACAGCCACUAUUUUCUGGGAAAAGGUUGAUGUUGUGCCCAAAGCUGCAAUCAACGUCAAACUCCCUCCCAAAUCCAAAUCUAUGUGUGUUUGUAUUCGAUACAGUAGAUAGUAUUUAGCUAACACACUGAUCUGAUCUGUCCUUUGUGUGUGUGCUGUAGGUGCGACAGGGCCAGGACGAGGAGGUGAGGCAGCUCUCUCAGCUACGAGACUCCCUUAGGCUGCUGCUACAGGUGGAGGGGAAAGAGGUACGGUUUCCACCCCUACACAACUCAAACACCUCUAUGCACAUUCUGUGCUGGGCCAUGUUCAUCAGGCACCAAACGGAAGAAAAUGGACUGAAACAGAGAGGGACUACAUUUUACAUUUGACAUUCUAGUCAUUUAGCAGACACUCUUAUCCAGAGCGACUUAGUUAGUGAGUGCAUACAUUUUCAUACUGGCCCCCCGUGGGAAACGAACCCACAACCCUGGCGUUGCAAGCACCAUGCUCUACCAACUGAGCUACACGGGGCCUCGACUACCUCUGCUUGUUCAAUAAGAAUGUGCUACCUUUUUAUUGUUCCAGUGUCAUUCAAUAAACCGUAGUCUAUCUUGCUUUUUAAUAUUGUUCUAAAACUAUUUUUUGGGACUAAGUCACUCUACUGUUUUGUGAUAGGAAUACCUGAACAGAAAGAACUCGGGCAACGGAUACAGCAUACACCAACCUCAAGGCAACAAGAAGUAUGGCACGGAGAAGUCAGGCUUCCUACAGAAGAGGAGUGACGGGUGAGUCUGUGUGGAGAAGGUCAAAAUACUGAUAAAUAUACUGACAAUGUAUAUACACUGACAACACGCGGCUCCAAUUCCACGUACCAUGAGACACAUGCACACAUACACAUACACCGUACCAUUAAUCCCCAAUAGGAGGAUCCCACAAAGCCUGGUCCCAGAUCGGUUUGUGCUGUCUUAAAAACUGCUAUGGUCAUUGACAAUGAACAUAGGAUUUUGCAAGACAGAUCUGGGACCAGGCUAGGAUUCCACAGGCUGUUUUGUGGCCUAUAUUAUAUUCACUUUAAAUUGCUCUGAUUCAGGGGUUCUGGCCCAUAAAGCUACUGGGGCCCUGACCAAUGAUAUCAUUAAUACAUAUGUGUAGUAUGAAAAAUGUAUGCACUCACUAACUGUAAGUCGCUCUGGAUAAGAGCGUCUGCUAAAUGACUUAAAUGUAACAUGUGUACAAUAUCAUGAUGUCCAUGGGGCCUGACAUGGGAGCAGGCCUAGGCAGGGUUAGGGCUAAGGUAAGGCCAAGCCCCGAGACUUGCCUGCUGACUGCAUCUUCCUUGGAGAGGCUAGAAUAUGGUUUGGGGAUGGGGGAGGAGGAGGAGAAGGGAGAAGGGGGGGGGGGGGUUAAUAAGGGAUAUGUAGCCGGGUGGAACGUGACAAUGAGAUGGAGAGGCUGGGAAGCACAGUGCCAUGUCAGCCCCAGCUGGUCUUCAUUAUUUUGGGGUUUGGAUCCAGGCUGAGAGUCCUGGCUGGAUGAGUGGUUCCAGCUCCUCCAGCUAAGCCAUGUCAUGCAGAGAGAGAAAAGGGGAGGAGAGGGGGAGCGAGGGAGGGGUGAGAGAGGGGAUAGAGAAGGAGAUAACGAGAGAGAAAAAGAGACCGGGACACUCCGAGAGGGAUUCUGGAAGUCCAAAGCAGGCCUAUGUCUCCAUUCUAGCCCCUCUCUCCCCUGUUCUGUCCUCGUUCUCAGAGCAUUAGAUUACAGUGUGAUAACAUGGGGGGGGGGUGGUGGUGAGUCAGUUAGUUUCCCUAACUUGUAUUCCAACAAAUGACGAGUUAACUUGAUGGUAGAUCUACUAUAAGGUUAUGCCUGACUUAGACUGUGGUCUGUCUCUGCAUCUCCUCCAGGAUUAGGAAGGUGUGGCAGAAGAGAAAGUGUGGCGUCAAGUACGGCUGUCUGACCAUCUCCCACAGCACGGUGAGACUCGACAACGGCUACGUCUCAAAUGGCACCCUAUUCCCUAUAUAGUGCACUACUUUUGACCAGGGCAAUAUAUAGGGAAUAAGGUACCAUUUGGGACGUAACCAACAUCUGUCUCAUUUCCUGUAUCCCAUAAACCAUACAGUAAAGCUCACUGGCAAAAGGAAUCCUCCAACAAGUGUAUACCUGACUACCUGUAACUUUAAAUCCGUCGCCAGGUUGCUGAUGCCCUAGAAAUAUACCCCUCAAUAGCUUUUCAGUCUGGUAUCAAGUAGCACUCUUCUCUGUACUUUUAAGCCAAGUUGUACUGUGCUGCCCUGCAUGUACCAUAGUUGGUGGAACCAUGCUGGAAAAUACCAUGUGAAAAGACCAUCUCUAAGCCAGCAUGGUACGGUUCUGGUCGACCCUAGAGUGAGAAUUGACCGCAGUGUCGUUGGUUCCACAGAUAAACCGACCACCGGCUAAGCUCAACCUUCUGACCUGUCAGGUGCGCCCCAACCCCGAGGAGAGGAGGACCUUUGACCUGGUCACACGUAGGUUCACCCCUCCUUGACCUCUCACCCUUGACCCGUCACCUUUGUCCACAUACCUAUGGGCUGAGCUGUACACGUGUAAAGAGACUAUUUUUGCUGAAGUUGCUAUUUUUUCAAUUUCCUUGCAUCUGGAUGGACAUUAACCCCAUUGUUUUGUUUAAUUUGUAUAGUUAUAAGUUAUCACUAGUUAUGUUUUAUGCUCUUGGAACAAAUUGUAGUAAUAUUUACUGUGAUUAAUUUGUAAUGUUGCAGUGUGGGCGUUUGCAUAUAUACCUGUUUGUGUGUGUUUGUGUGUGUACGCACAUGCGUGCGUGCGUUUCUUUGUCUAAGCCCGUGUGUAUGUAAUGGAAAGCAGGUGCAGAGAGGCGGGUCUCCCUCAACGGUUUCUCUCUCUCUGUGCCUCUGGAUCAGGUUUUCCCCCUGUAAUGUAUCCCUUGGUAUGUUGCCUACUGCACUCUCUCUAGCUCUCCUUUCCUUCUCCUCCUUCUCCUUUCAUCUCUCCUCUCCCUCUACGUUCACACCCAUCUUUCCUCUGUCUCUCCUCUCCAGACAAUCGGACCUACCAUUUCCAAGCCGAGGACGAGCAGGAAUGCAAGAUGUAAGCACAGCACUGGAGUCCCUCAUAUUCUAAACAAGCAUUGUUCCAAAUAGACUGAGGAGCAAGUAAAGACUUGUUCCAUGAUUGAGCCAUUCAGAAAGAGAGAGUGAGAGAGAUACGAUAUAGUAUUUAUUUCAGAGAGAGACCGAUACAAUGUAGAGAGGGAUGCAGUUACAUUACUGAGGGACAUUGAGAGAGGGAGCGAUGGAGAGAAACGGAUACAAUGUUUCUUUCAGAAAGCGAAAAAGAGUUAAAUUGAGAGAGGAACGGAUAGUGAGGUUACAGAAAGCAGAUGAGAGAAGCAUUCAGGAAGCGAGACUGUAAUUUGACACACACACUCCAAUUGAGAGGGAGGGGCAAUGUAUCGAGAGAAUAGGGCUGUCAGAGAGAGAUAAAGAGAGGAGAGAGAAAGAAAGAAAGAAAGGCCAGCUGGUUUGGGGUGGGGACCUCUCUCUGGAGCCCACAGAGCUGAGUAGGGGGUUUCUCUCCUCUCUUCCUCCACUCCUCUAUGUGGGCUUCAGAUUCUGCCUUUCUUUUGAUGUCAUCUGUGGGGAGGAAGGAGGGAGAGAGGUUCGGCUGAAACGAAAGCAACGGAAAGAAACGGGGGGGGGGGGGGGGGGGGGUACAGUAUAAUAAUAGGUUUACUGCGGUGUGAACGUGCCAAGCUUAUAGCGGUGGUACAGUAUAAUUCUAUACUUGCGUUAGACACACAGCUGCACAAAGGACUAAUGUGGGCAGGUGGGUGCUUUUGAAGUGCAUUUGGUUACAUUAAAGUAGUUCCAUAAAAUAAACAUUUCAAAUGUAGAUGUAGUUCCAUAAAAACAAGCCCUAUCCAAAAAGAACGACUUGUACGACAAUACAUACUGUAUAAAAGUUAAAUUGCAUUGUUUACCCCUCCGUCUGUCUCCCUCUGUCCGUUUCUGUCUGUGUCUCUGUGUUCCUCUCCCACCCUCUCCCUACAGUUGGGUGUCAGUGCUGCAGAACAGUAAGGAGGAGGCCCUGAACACGGCAUUGGGCGGCGACCAGCUGCAGUUCCAGGACUCUGGGCUGCAGGAGCUGGCCAGGGCCGUCAUCACCGAGCUCAGACGCAUGCCCGGCAACGAGGCCUGCGCCGACUGUGGAGCCCACGGUGAGACAGGAGGAGGCCUGGGGUAGAGGCCUUGGCCAGAGAGAGAGACUUAAAAAGAGACUAUACCAAGGGCCAAGAGUUAUUUUCUGGUCAGGUCUCAUGGUCAGGAAAAAAACCCUGGCCCUAAAUAGUAUACAGUCCACUGUAUAUUAUAUUUUCCUACUUUUUAAUACAGGGACAAAUUUGUGCUCGCUAAUGUCUGGACCGUCCCUGACAAAAAUGUGAAGCUUUACUAAAUGUGGGGGCCAUUUUAAACACAGUUUUGCUCAUUCCAUCACAGUUUCUCUGUGCAUUGUGUAACAACAUGACAAUCCGAGUAUUUGAAUACACUGACUCCAUUCCUCAUGUUGUCAACAGAUCCUACCUGGCUCUCCACUAACCUGGGCAUCCUGACAUGUAUAGAGUGUUCUGGGAUCCACAGGGAGUUGGGAGUCCAUUACUCUAGGAUCCAGUCCCUCACACUGGAUAUGCUCAGCACUUCAGAACUACUGGUAACACACACACACACACACACACACACACAAAUUCUAGACUUCAACAAGAGCUUCUGUCGUGGAGGUAGUUCUGUGACCUCUAGAGAUAUCAUCUAAGCUCAGCAGGCUAACACAGUCUUAAGUUGUGACGACAACCCAGGUUCAUUAGCUGGUCAGUUGAACUUCUAAACCUGUCAUGCAUAUGAAUUACUUGUAUGCAUACUUCUCUAACUCCUUCCGUUUGUCUGUCUGCUUCUCUGUCUGUCUGUCCACAGCUGGCGGUCAGUAUAGGCAACACGCGGUUCAAUGACAUCAUGGAGGCCAAUCUUCCCAAUGAUUCCAUCAAACCUCUCCCCCAGAGUGACAUGUGAGUUCAUUAUAGGGCCUUGUGCUUCAGUCAUGUAGUCAUUGGUGGGGCAAUCUUAGUUUAAGGUGACACAGUUUGACAUGCCAUAUUGGCACCAAAAAUUCAAAAACCAAUGACGUUUUAGUGUGUUUUUUCUUCAUUUUAGUUAUUUAGCAGACGGUCUUAUCCAGAGCGACUUACAAAAAAAAAAAAUCAUACUGGCCCCCCGUGGGAAACGAACCCAGAACCCUGGCGUUGCAAACGCGAUGCUCUACCAACUGAGCUACACGGGACAAAUGAGAAUAUUGUUAUGGAAUGUUUGGUGCCAACCUCAGUUCUUGAAUCGACUGACUUGAAAUGGAAUUUGACCUCAACCCGGUGCCAACGUGGGGGAGAGUUUGUUUGCCAGUUUCGGAAAAUACCUAUGGCUCUGUGUGUGUCCCGUUGUGAAACUAGGAAUGCCAGGAAGGAGUACAUCGUGGCGAAGUAUGCCGAGCGGCGCUACGUGCUGCGCAGGGACCGGGAAAGGGAGGAGGGUGAGCCGUGGCGUGUGUACGAUGCCGUGACGAGCCGGGACCUCACCGCCCUGCUGCAACUACACGCCCAGGGAGAGGACCUGGCCAAACCGCUAGCACAGCCUGAAGGACAGGUACUGUUAAAGGAGACGCAGGCAGGUAGGAGGACAGGAAGUCAGACAGACAGGUACAGACAGACAGACAGAGAGACAAUAAACAUACGAAAUUCCUAAGAUCAUUUCCCAGUGGAAGCUUUGAAGUGUGUGCCUCGCGGGCAUCAUUAGGAUGCUGUUUCUAAUGUAAAGAGCUGUGAAAUAAUUAAAAAGGCAGCUGGUUGUCCCCAUAUGAUUUAAACAGCUAGCUUAUGCUGGAAGGCUCUAUUUAACAUCAUUCCUCUAUGGGUUUGAUUCAGCCAGCUGUACUAUUAGAGUAUUCUGUUGUAUUCUAUGGCGGGCUGGUUUUCUCCGAAGACUGCUGUGGAUGCAGUGUCCCAAAAUAGACUACAAUUAUUCUACACGUAAUGUCAUAAAUGUCCCUAUGUUUUUAUGUUGUCAAUUUCUCUCUGUUUGUGUGAACUUAAUGAAGUGUGUGUGUGAGGCAUCUGAGUGGUUAGUUAGAAGGCUCAGUACUGUAUUUAGUCUACCACUCCCUUCUCUCUCUCUAAUCGGACUCAAUCUAUCGUUCUCAUUUUUCACCCCUCCAUCCUGUCAUCUCCUCUUGUUAAAAUCUUACGUUCCCUCUCUUUUCUUCUUUCUUUUAUCAAAUUCGCCCAUCUGCUGUUUUCCACUCUGGCAAGGUGUGCAAUAGCACUGACAUCCACACAUUCUGUGUGUGCGUGUGUCUCUCGCUGUGUGUCUGUGUUGGCAGGCUCUCAUUUAUUAUUUCAGCUUUUUGGGUCAGAGCUCAUGUCUCCAGAGAGCUGAGGGAGUAGCUCAUUGUAUUACUCAUUCAUCACGCGCGCACACACAGCUCACACACCCUUUUUACAGACAGUCACACAUACACACAUAUACAGUGGGGAGAACAAGUAUUUGAUACACUGCCGAUUUUGCAGGUUUUCCUACUUACAAAGCAUGUAGAGGUCUGUCAUUUUUAUCAUAGGUACACUUCAACUGUGAGAGACGGAAUCUCACAGAAAUCCAGAAAAUCACAUUGUAUGAUUUUUAAGUAAUUAAUUUGUAUUUUAUUAAGUUAAGUAUUUGAUACAUCAGAAAAGCAGAACUUAAUAUUUGGUACAGAAACCUUUGUUUGCAAUUAGAGAUCAUACGUUUCCUGUAGGUCUUGACCAGGUUUGCACACACUGCAGCAGGGAUUUUGGCCCACUCCUCCAUACAGACCUUCUCCAGAUCCUUCAGGUUUCGGGGCUGUCGCUGGGCAAUACGGACUUUCAGCUCCCUCCAAAGAUUUUCUAUUGGGUUCAGGUCUGGAGACUGGCUAGGCCACUCCAGGACCUUGAGAUGCUUCUUACGGAGCCACUCCUUAGUUGCCCUGGCUGUGUGUUUCGGGUCGUUGUCAUGCUGGAAGACCCAGCCAUGACCAAUCUUCAAUGCUCUUACUGAGGGAAGGAGGUUGCUGUCCAAGAUCUCGCGAUACAUGGCCCCAUCCAUCCUCCCCUCAAUACGGUGCAGUCGUCCUGUCCCCUUUGCACAAAAGCAUCCCCAAAGGAUGAUGUUUCCACCUCCAUGCUUCACGGUUGGGAUGGUGUUCUUGGGGUUGUACUCAUCCUUCUUCUUCCUCCAAACACGGCGAGUGGAGUUUAGACCAAAAAGCUAUAUUUUUGUCUCCUCUGGAUCAUCCAGAUGGUCAUUGGCAUACUUCAGACGGGCCUGGACAUGUGCUGGCUUGAGCAGGGGGACCUUGCGUGCGCUGCAGGAUUUUAAUCCAUUACGGCGUAGUGUGUUACUCAUGGUUUUCUUUGAGACUGUGGUCCCAGCUCUCUUCAGGUCAUUGACCAGGUCCUGCCGUGUAGUUCUGGGCUGAUCCCUCACCUUCCUCAUGAUCAUUGAUGCCCCACGAGGUGAGAUCUUGCAUGGAGCCCCAGACCGAGGGUGAUUGACCGUCAUCUUGAACUUCUUCCAUUUUCUAAUAAUUGCGCCAACAGUUGUUGCCUUCUCACCAAGCUGCUUGCCUAUUGUCCUGUAGCCCAUCCCAGCCUUGUGCAGGUCUACAAUUUUAUCCCUGAUGUCCUUACACAGCUCUUUGGUCUUGGCCAUUGUGGAGAGGUUGGAGUCUGUUUGAUUGAGUGUGUGGACAGGUGUCUUUUAUACAGGUAACGAGUUCAAACAGGUGCAGUUAAUACAGGUAAUGAGUGGAGAACAGGAGGGCUUCUUAAAGAAAAACUAACAGGUCUGUGAGAGCUGGAAUUCUUACUGGUUGGUAGGUGAUCAAAUACGUAUGUCAUGCAAUAAAAUGCAAAUUAAUUACUUAAAAAUCAUACAAUGUGAUUUUCUGGAUUUUUGUUUUAGAUUCCGUCUCUCACAGUUGAAGUGUACCUAUGAUAAAAAUUACAGACCUCUACAUGCUUUGUAAGUAGGAAAACCUGCAAAAUCGGCAGUGUAUCAAAUACUUAUUCUCCCCACUGUAUAUACACAGUGCUUAAUGAGUUUGUCUGUUCUAGGAUCUGAGAGAGACAGCUCUUCACUUGGCUGUCAGGCUGGAGGACAGGAGUUCUCUAGCCCUGGUGGACUUCCUCAUUCAGAACAGGUGAGCGAGCCCCCAGGCCCUCAAUACAUAUGGAACUAACGUCAGUGUGCUAGCGUAGCAGUCUCAGCGUCUUCCCCAGCUGAGUACAACUCAGGGGAACCGUCCUUACCACAGCUCGAACCCGGGGCCCUCUGCCUCGCUAACACGUGGGAUUGCCCACUUGACAACGUACAAACCAGUUGAGCUAUAGAAAAGGAUCCAAUUCGAUAGCACCAUUGGUAACAUUUCAAGCUAGCUGUGGAGUAAGCAACUUACGGCACGUUCUUAUCUCCGUUAUACAUAGUAACACAAGGGCUGUAUCGGAAAACGUUUCUUGCCGUCAAAUCUGUGCUUCUUCCGUUUUCUCCUCUCAAAGUGCAUUUGAGAGGAUCCAAGGUCACUCCUUCAGACCUCCUCCUCCAAUAGCUUUGAAAGGAGUUUGGGGAACAAGGAAGGAGGAAGCAAGUAUUUGACGGCUAAUAACAUGUUCAGAAACAGCCCAGGGGUGUAUUCAGUAAGGUGAAAUGUUUAGAACGUUGCAGAUAGAAAUGUGAUCAGAUCUGCUCUAUAUAUGAAUUUCUAUCUGAAAGUUCUGUAACGUUGCACCCUCCUGAACAGAAGUCCUGGUUGGGGGAUUCUGAAUUUCCUGCUUAUUCCUGGAAAACCUGGGAAUUUUGGGAAAGUUACUGGAAUUUUGCAACCCUAGUCACCAGUACUUAACAUUAGUACUGUCUUACAUACACCAGCCGCCAAAGACAUAGGCCUACAUGUACAUAAUUGACUCCAACUAUCCCCACAUAACAGUGGCUGUCUAGAGAAGAGGACUCGAGAGGGGAACACUGCUCUACACUACAGCGCCCAGCACCACAAAACAGAGUGCCUCAAACUGCUGCUCAAAGGAAAGGCUGUCCUCCACACAGGUACCUGGUACACACCUACACACACACACACACACACACACACACACCUGUACAAACACACAUACAGUAAGGGGGAAAAAGUAUUUGAUCCCCUGCUGAUUUUGUACAUUUUCCCACUGACAAAGAGAUGAUCAGUCUAUAAUUUUAAUGGUAGGUUUAUUUGAACAGUGAGAGACAGAAUAACAACAAAAAAAUCCAGAAAAACGCAUGUCAAAAAAAAAAAUGUUAUAAAUUAAUUUGCAUUUUAAUGAGGGAAAUAAGUAUUUGACCCCUCUGCAAAACAUGACUUAGUACUUGGUGGCAAAACCCUUGUUGGCAAUCACAGAGGUCAGACGUUUCUUGUAGUUGGCCACCAGGUUUGCACAUAUCUCAGGAGGGAUUUGUCCCACUCCUCUUUGCAGAUCUUCUCCAAGUCAUUAAGGUUUCGAGGCUGUUUGGCAACUCAAACCUUCAGCUCCCUCCACAGAUUUUCUAUGGGAUUAAGGUCUGGAGACUGGCUAGGCCACUCCAGGACCUUAAUGUGCUUCUUCUUGAGCCACUCCUUUGUUGCCUUGGCCGUGUGUUUUGGGUCAUUGUCAUGCUGGAAUACCCACCCACGACCCAUUUUCAAUGCCCUGGCUGAGGGAAGGAGGUUCUCACCCAAGAUUUGACGGUACAUGGCCCCGUCCAUCGUCCCUUUGAUGCGGUGAAGUUGUCCUGUCCCCUUAGCAGAAAAACACCCCCAAAGCAUAAUGUUUCCACCUCCAUGUUUGACGGUGGGGAUGGUGUUCUCUGGGUCAUAGGCAUUAUUCUUACUCCUCCAAACACGGCGAGUUGAGUUGAUGCCAAAGAGCUCGAUUUUUGGUCUCAUCUGACCACAACACUUUCACCCAGUUCUCCUCUGAAUCAUUCAGAUGUUCAUUGGCAAACUUCAGACGGCCCUGUAUAUGUGCUUUCUUGAGCAGGGGGACCUUGCGGGCGCUUCAGGAUUUCAGUCCUUCACGGCGUAGUGUGUUACCAAUUGUUUUCUUGGUGACUAUGGUCCCAGCUGCCUUGAGAUCAUUGACAAGAUCCUCCCGUGUAGUUCUGGGCUGAUUCCUCACCGUUCUCAUGAUCAUUGCAACUCCACGAGGUGAGAUCUUGCAUGGAGCCCCAGGCCGAGGGAGAUUGACAGGUCUUUUGUGUUUCUUCCAUUUGCGAAUAAUCGCACCAACUGAUGUCACCUUCUCACCAAGCUGCUUGGCGAUGGUCUUGUAGCCCAUUCCAGCCUUGUGUAGGUCUACAAUCUUGUCCCUGACAUCCUUGGAGAGCUCUUUGGUCUUAGCUAUGGUGGAGAGUUUGGAAUCUGAUUGAUUGAUUGCUUCUGUGGACAGGUGUCUUUUAUACAGGUAACAAACUGAGAUUAGGAGCACUCCCUUUAAGAGUGUGCUCUAAUCUCAGCUCGUUACCUGUAUAAAAGACACCUGUGAGCCAGAAAUCUUUCUGAUUGAGAGGGGGUCAAAUGCUUAUUUCCCUCAUUUAAAAUGCAAAUCAAUGUAUACAAUUUCUGACAUGCGUUUUUCUGGAUUUUUUGUUGUUAUUCUGUCUCUCACUUUAAAAAAAUUAUAGACUGAUCAUGUCAGUGGGCAAAUGUACAAAAUCAGCAGGGGAUCAAAUACUUUUUUCCCUCACUGUAUGUCGACAUAUGACUCGAUUUACUGUGGAUAUAGAUACUUUUGUACCUGUUUCCUCCAGCAUCUUCACAAGGUCCUUUGCUGUUGUUCUGGGAUUGAUUUGCACUUUUCGCACCAAAGUACGUUAAUCUCUAGGAGACAGAACGCGUCUCCUUCCUGAGUGGUAUUAAAUUUUAUAUUUUAGUCAUUUAGCAGACGCUCUUAUCCAGAGCUACUUACAGUUAGUGAGUGCAUACAUUUUUUUUAUUUUUAUUUUAUUUUUUUAAAUAUAUUUUUCUCACUGGCCCCCCGUGGGAAUCAAACCCACAACCCUGGCGUUGCAAACACCAUGCUCUACCAACUGAGCUACAUCCCUACCGGCCAUUCCCUCCCCUACCCUGGACGACGCUGGGCCAAUUGUGCGCCACCCCAUGGGUCUCCCGGUCGCGGCAGGCUACGACAGAGCCUGGAUUCGAACCAGGAUCUCUAGUGGCAUAGCUAGCACUGCGAUGCAGUGCCUUAGACCACUGCGCCACUCGGGAGACGGCUAUGUGGUCCCAUGGUGUUUAUACUUGCAUACUAUUGUUUGUACAGAUGAACGUGGUACCUUCAGGUGUUUGGAAAUUGUUCCCAAGGAUGAACCAGACUUGUGGAGGUCUACAAUUUUAUUUCUGGUCUUGGCUGAUUUAUUUUGAUUGUCCCAUGAUGUCAAGCAAAGAGGCACUGAGUUUGAAGGUAGGCCUUGAAAUACAUCCACAGGUACAACUCCAAUUGACUCAAAUUAUGUCAAUUAGCCUAUCAGAAGCUUCUAAAGCCAUGACAUCAUUUUCUGGAAUUUUCCAAGCUGUUUAAAGGCACAGUCAACUAAGUGUAUGUACACUUCUGACCCACUGGAAUUGUGAUACAGUGAAUUAUAAGUGAAAUUAUCUGACUGUAAACAAUUGUUGGAAAAAUGACUUGUGUCAUGCACAAAGUAGAUGUCCUAACCAACUUGCCAAAAUGAUAGUUUGUUAACAAGAAAUGUGUGGAGUGGUUGAAAAACGAUGUUUAAUGACUCCAACCUAAGUGUAUGUAAACUUCCGACAUCAACAGUAUACAUACAUACAUACACACAUACAUAUAUAUAUAUAUAUAUUUUUUUUUUUAUGUAUAUGUGUGCCUUCAAAGUAUUCAUACCCCCUGACUUAUUCCACAUUUUGUUGUUACAGCCUGUAUUAAAAAAUGGAUGAAAUAUUUUUUUCUCACCCAUCGAUCUACACACAAUACCCCAUAAUGACAAAGUGAAAACAUGUUUUAAUCAAUCUUUGCACAUUUAUUGAAAAUUAAAUACAGAAAUCUUUCAUUUUCAUAAGUAUUCACACCCAAGAGUCAAUACUCUGUAGGCGCCUUUGGCAGUAAUUACAGCUGUGAGUCUUUCUGGGUAAGUCUCUAAGAGCUUUCCACACCUGUAUUGUGCAACAUAUGGCCAUUAUUCUUUUCAAAAUUCUUCAAGCUCUGUCAAAUUGGUUGUUGAUCAUUGCUAGACAAACAUUUUCAAGUCUUGCCAUAUAUUUUCAAGCAGAUUUAAGUCAAAACUGUAACUCGGCCACAGGAACAUUCACUGUCUUAGUGGUAAGCAACUCCAGUGUAGAUUUGCCCUUGUGUUUUUGGUUAUUGUCUUGCUGAAAGGUGAAUUAAUCUCCCAGUGUCUGAUGGAAAGCAGACUUAACCAGGUUUUCCUUUAGGAUUUUGCCUGUGCUUAGUUCCAUUCUGUUUCUUUUUUAUCCUGAAAAACUCCCUAGUCCUUAAUGAUUACAAGCAAACCCAUAACAUGAUGCAGCCAACACUAUGCUUGAAAAUAUGGAGAGUGAUACUCAGUAAUUUGUUGUAUUGGAUUUGCCCAAACAUAACACUUUGUAUUCAGGACAAAAAGUUAAUUGCUUUGCCACAUUUUUUGCAGUAUUACUUUAGUGCCUUGUCGCAAACAGGAUGCAUGUUUUGGAAUAUUUUUAUUUUGUACAGGCUUCUUUUCACUCUGUCAAUUAGGUUAGUGUUGUGGAGUAACUACAAUGUUGUUGAUCUAUCCUCCGUUUUCUCCUAUCACAGCCAUUAAACUCUAACUGUUUUAAUGUCACCAUUGGCCUAUAUAUAAAAAUACAUACACACACACAGUGCUUGUAAAUUGGAUUAUAUAGCGAUACCACAGUUAGUUUAGUCUUCUUUCUCUCUGUGUGUGUCGUCGUCCAGUGAAUUCAUCAGGAGAGACAGCUCUGGACAUCGCCAGGAGACUGCAGCACCCCCAGUGUGUAGAACUGGUAAGACAUGACUGACACUAUCCAUGUCCCAAAUGGCACCCUAUUCCACAUAGUACACUACUUUUGACCAGAGUCCUAUGGGCCCUGGUCAGAAUUAUUGCACUACAUAGGGAAAGGGGCAUAAUUUGGGAUGCAGCCACUGACCCUUAGUUUACAGUCAACUCUCAGUGCUAAUACAGGCUUUAUUUUCCUACUAGCUCUUAUCUCUCCCUGGUAAACCUGCUCAGACCCUGUUCAAUUUCCUGUCUUCCUUCCUAUCAGUUAUGGAACAAUAAAUAACAUGCACAAUCUCAUAUUAUUUGUCACAAAUAGCUCGUUGCUUAAUCCUCAUAGUAAAGUCCGUAAUGAAAGAAAUGGGCAGUGUGUGUUGUUCCUGGCUUAUCCUUGGGUCUGUUACUGGACAACUGUAUCCAAUCCUUCCUGUUGAAAAAGGGAUAAGCCAAGUUACCUGAUACUGAAGUUGCUGUUUCAGUCAAGGUUGGGGUCAAUUUCAAUUCCAGUCAAUUCAGCCAAGUUACAAUUCCAAAUGCACAUUUUCCAAAGUGAAAAGCAUUGAAGAGAGUUGAUAUUGAAUUGGAAUUGACCCCAACCCUGGUUUCAAUCGUCUUUUGUGACAGACUUAAGAAUACAUUUUAACAUUAUCAAGUAGCUGGCCAGCACACGUGAGAUUUGGUUCUGGGUUCCGAGACAACGGUUUCAGUGGUGUUAACAGUUGCCCCAAAGCUAGAAUGUUAGUUCAUUUUCUGGAUGAUAUUCACGUUUUUAAUGCAUUUAAUGACUACUGAUAGGAACAUGCAAUGACUUGUUGCGGUAUGUUUGUACUCUGAGUCAAAUAUGGAUUUGUAGCUGCACGAUUGACGUGUGUGCAUCCCUGUUGUAGCUGGAGCUGGCCCAGAGUGGGAAGUUCAACAGUCAGAUCCAUGUGGAGUACAUGUGGGAGACACAGAGCCAGGAUAUGUACGACAGCGAAGAUGAACUGGAUGAGAGGGUAUGCACACACACUAACCGCUGUACAACCAAUGCACUAGGGCAGGGGUAGGCAACCCUGGCCCUGGAGUGCUGCAGGCACUUCAUGUUAUUGAUUUGAACCGACCUGGAAGACCAGGUGUGUUGAAUUUAGGCAAUUACUGAUUUGAUUAGCUCAUUUGGUCAAGUGUGGUGCCUAGUUGGAACAAAAUCCUGCAAUACCUGCAGCACUCCAGGAACAGGGUUGCCUAGCCCUGCACUAGGGUUUAGUGUUCCCCUCGGUGCAACCACACUCUGCUUGUAUCGCUCACUAUUAUGCUUGACUUAGUCAUGGGGAGAUGCAGGAGCAGGUGAGUGAGAGCCAAAUGCCCUGUUGGAUUACUUUAGAAAUGCAUCCUUCCUUCUUACUUUCCCUGAAGUAAUUAUUCAUCUAAAGUGGUUGGAUUGGUGGAAAUAACGUGGUCACUUUGAUUUCACCUAUCCAAUCACUUAUAGAUCUGUUCUUACCUCAAGGAAACAAUGACGGAAGGUUUAAAAAAAAAAAAAGUAUUCGAACAGGGCCAGAUACUUUGCCAUAAAGGUAGGCUAGGUGGAAUUUUCAUCAUAUUGCUUACACCUUUCCAGUUCUUUCAGAUCCAAGUGUCUAGGGGUAAGGGCUGGGAACUUGGCUUCUAUGGUCAUUAAACAAUUAAUGUCGCCCUCGCUCUUCCCCCAAGGUGAGCCUCUUACCCAGGAACCUGCGAUCCUCUCUGCCCUAUAACGGGGGCGUGGGCGCCUCGCCCUCCCGCUGGAGCUUCGCCAACGCCCCUGUGGCGUGUAAGACCUACGAGAACGUGGACUUCCUGUACCGCAACCCCCCCGCCAACAGUGCCCCAUCUGGCGCCCUCAUGCCCCCACCGCCGCUGCCCGCUAAAGCCAUCAUGAGAGGUGAGCCUCUGCCCCACACACACACACACACACACACACACACACACACACACACACACACACACACACACACACACACAUCAUCUCUUUCCAUUAGAUCUUCAAACACUGAAAUGAGGGCUCAAUUUCUCUUUCCACUAUUCAAGGAAGAAUGAAUUGAGAGACUGUUUUGUAUGGCAAAGUCGGUUCCUGUGCCUCUCUUACUCACCUGCUACCGUCUCCCUCUCUCCCCACCUCCAGGCCGCUCGGACCCCCAGAUCUCCGUGUCCACCCAGGAGGGGGGCCGCAAAUCCCCCCGGCGCUGCUGCUCCAACCCUGCCCCCCAGUCCAGCCCCCCCUCCCCAAUGUUGGAGGGUCAGGGUCAGACCCAGGGGGGGUGGCCACCCAGAUCACCCCACGGCCAGGGGGGUCCGGUGAGGGGACAGAGACCAACCGUAGCCUGGGAGGGUCAGGCUAAUACUGGCUCAUGGUCUGGGGCCUUAGACAGCAGCACCAAGUCCACCUCCCCUCAGAACCACAUAGGACCCGUCAGGUAAUAACAAUACAUUUUUUUUAACUUCAAAAGCCCUUUUCCUGAUAGAAGCAUGAAAAGUCUAACAUUUGUUUUGUCACAACCCCAUUAAGAAAGAUAAUUCCCAUCCUAAGAACUGUUUUGGGGAAAACAGCUUUUGUUUUGCUGUGUGCUUUUGGACAGCAUGCAGCAGUAGUUAACUGCAGUGCACAAUUAUUUUAUCUUACAGCGCCCUCUAUUGGCACCUAGUGAAUUUCCUCUGAGGUGGUCAGUAAACUAUUAAAUUCAGCCUACUCUCUAACAGUAAUGUCCUCAAUGAACCCCUGCUUUCUCAAUGUCAAAUGCUAAGGAAUGUGAUUGAUGAUAACAUUUAUUUAUUUUGCUUAACAUACAUACAUGUACAGUACACUGACAUUUCAUGUAUCCCAUUUUAUAAACUGGUUGGUUCGAGCCCUGAAUGCUGAUUGGCUGACAGCCGUGGUAUAUCAGACCAUAUACCACGGGUAUGACAAAACAUUUAUUUAUACUGCUCUAAUUAUGUUGGUAACAAGUUUAUAAUAGCAAUAAGGAAUCUCGGGGGUUUGUGGUAUAUGGCCAAUAUACCACGGCUAACUCCUGUAUCCAGGCACUCCGCAUUGCGUCGUGCAUAAGAACAGCCCUUAGCCGUGAUAUAUUGGCCAUAUACCACACCACUUAUUGCUUAAGUAUACCAUAUGUCCUAUCCCAGUGAGCACAAGACAUUGAAAAGCAGUCUUUUCAACCAACGUCUUUUGCUCAUAGGGAUGCAUCUGUGAGUAGAUGAAGCCCUUGUGAGUGUAUGAGUGUUUUACCAACAUGUCCUCUCUUCCCCACCUAGCUCAGAGAAGACGACGUCGUACAGGAGGAACAAUAGUGGAGGACAAGGGAAAUGUUGUACAGCCGUGACCUCUCCCAGCUGUGUGGCACUUGGCAGUCAGGAGGAGCUGUACUGCAGCUUCGUAACUAACGACCCCGCCCCUGGCUCCACACCUGCAGCCGCACCCACCAUCUCCCCCAUCACUGUGCCCGCCCCGCGCCCUCGCAGAAAUGCCAUGGUACAUAUAAUAGGCUACAGCGAGCAUGCACACAGAGACAUACAUUUUUUUGGUCCAUGAGUUCUUCGAACUCUUGGUAUGUAGAAAAACUGCUUAAUUUCCAGAACCUCACACUAUCCCUUUAACAUUACUGUGUAUAUCUAAUGUGGUUCGUAUAAGUAUGUGUUCUAACAUCGUAUAACUACUGUACAGUAUUUUUGUAUAAGACAAUAGUAAUCAAUCAAAUUCAUUUAUAAAGCUUUUUACAUCAGCAGAUGUCAUAAAGUGCUUAUACAGUGAUGCGCGGGUUGAGUCAUAACCCGCAGUCCCCGCCGUUAUAUCCGGGGAGGACGGGUUUAGGGUCACUAAAUAUUGUGUGGAUGAAGGGCGGGUGGGUGGUGGCUGGUUUGAAUAAAGAGAAAACAAAAAAAAUCCAUAAAUGUAUAAUUCUUGUCAAAUUAAUAUCAAUAGGCUACAUAAAGGUUGUUCUUGUAUUUCUUCUGCCAUUAGUGCAUAAGCCUAAGCAUCAGGGCCUAAAUAUACGCGCGCCAAAUAAAUAAAUGUUGAAGAAAAACGUAAUUGUUCAAUACAUUACAGAAAAAAAGGGAACUGUAAAGUGCAUUUUCUAUAUUUGCGGGUCGGGUGCGGGCCUCCGAUUUUUAUCACAUAUAGUCGGGCUGUUGAGGACAGCUUAUUAGCAAUUGCGGGUGGGUGCGGGUGAACAAACAGCUGACCCACGCAUCACUAUAACACAAUGUGAAAAUAUGAGCAAUAUAAUAUACCUGAAAAGACUGACAUGGAUAUCAUUGGCUGCUUAUACUCCACAUUCAGCAAGUAGGCAUUUCUAAACAUACUGUAUGCCUGUGUAAGAGCGUGUCUGUAAAGUGCGUCUAUGUGUGUGAGGUAUCUAAGAGCCGGCCCACACAGAAGAAGGUCAAGGCGCUGGUGGACUGCAGAGCUGUCGGCUCGGACCAGCUGGCCUUCUUCAAGGAUGAGGUCAUUGUUGUCACAGCCACCGAGGACCCCCACUGGUGGGUGAGUAGAAAUACACCUCUUAUUUACCUAUUGACCAUUAUGUAUUUGUUUUAUGUUUUAAUUCAUUUUUAAUAACAGGUUUAACACAAAGUUCAGCUAUUUAUCUUUCUUCCAACCUAGCUCUUUUUUUAACCUAUUCUCAUUGAGAGAAAAAUCUCUUGCUAUAUCUUAUCACGAAAAAAAAACAACUGGAAGUUUUUCUUUGGUGUAUCACGUUCAGCAUAAAGACAAAAAAUACAAGGCAUAGAUAGCCCUUACAUUUAAUUUCCCUGUAUCUGAAAUCUAUCCCUCCAUGUUCUCCAUCUAUUUGGUCAUUCAUCUUGAUGGUUUUUAUGCCUACAGGUUGGCCACAUCGAGGGCUAUCCAUCCAGAAGUGGGACAUUCCCAGUGAACUAUGUCCAUAAACUAGGGCAC